UCUAACUUCUGGCAACAUCUGUUGUUGUUCUUGAGUAGGUUGAGUCCGAGUUUCGGUGCGAUUUUGUUUACUUAUAUAGGUAAUCUAGACCCAGCACAAUGACCAACCCAAAGGGAACCAGGCGAGGUACUCGGGACAUGUUCUCCCGAGGCUUCAAGAAGAAUGGAGUUGAACAUCUCACCACCUACCUCAGAUGCUACAAGAUGGGUCAACUUGUGGACAUUAAGGGUAACGGUGCUUUCCAAAAAGGCAUGCCACACAAGUCUUACCACGGCAAGACUGGCCGCAUCUUCAACGUCACACCGCACGCUCUCGGUGUCGUCGUCAACAAGAGGGUUAGAGGACGCAUCUUCGCUAAGAGGAUCAACGUGCGCAUCGAGCACGUGUCGCCCAGCAAGUGCCGUGACGACCACAUCGCUCGUGUCAAGUACAACGAUGCCACCCGCCGCGCCUGCCAGAAGGCCGGCAAGCCCGUGCCCUGCCUGAAGCGUCGCCCCGCUGGGCCCAAGCCCGCCCACUACGUCAACAUCACACGCAAGCCGCCCACCUUCCUAACUCCUAUCCCUUACCAGUUCGUCGUGUGAUGUACCGACUGAAGUACACGGUGGAUUACCAGUGGAA